AUGGAUCAGCUCUUAGAACGAGAAAAGUUCUCCGUUCCAAUCCCACUUCCGGUUUACAUUCGGACCAGAUCGCCUUCGGGAUCGGAUCUCCUCGGCAAGUCGAAGAAGUGCCGCCGAAGUCGGACGGUUUUCACCGAGCUCCAGCUGAUGGGGUUGGAGAAGAAGUUCGAGACGCAGAAAUAUCUGUCUACCCCUGACCGGAUUGAACUGGCCGAGAGUCUUGGUCUGACCCAGAUCCAGGUGAAGACUUGGUACCAGAACAGGCGGAUGAAGUGGAAGAAGAUGGUUCUGCAGAAAGGUGGAGCCGAACCGCCGACGAAGCCAAAAGGACGCCCCAAGAAGACUUGUCCAGAGCUGGAGGAGGCGGCCUCUCACACCGUCUCCAUCAGCACCGAGCAGCUGUCUCCCGACUCCGACAACAGCUCCUGUUGCGAUAUUGACGUCACUGAGUGUGUGACGUCGUCAUCUGUGACGUCAUCGGGAUGUCAGUAGUGCUUAAUGAAUUCACAGAACCCGAGUUGAACAUAGACUAUGCUGUUAAAUAGCGACCACAAAUCACAUUCGCCACGAUUCGCAUCUUUCCGUGACCAACAUGCAAUAUGAUUUGCCAAUUGCCAGAACGAUGUUGGUUAUGAUCGCCGAUUGCGAAACUGUGAGGUCAUAUUAUCGAUCUCAUAUCGCCAAGGCACUGGCUAAUUUGUAUAUCAUGUGAUUGAUUGCACUAUUUGUAAGCAGACACGCGUGCAAAAGAAGGUUUUCAAUGUUAUUUACAUCGCAGCAGAGAGUUACGUCAGAAUGUAUGUUUUACACAUGAACGUGCCCGUUCUCUGAGCCUUCCUAACUGUUUUGUUACAUGCACGUGGAACUGUAUCAGGAGAGAAAACAGUGGAUUAAUGCGCCAAACAAUGUAGUCCUGCAAGCGGCGUGAUGAUUUUGCAGCUGAUUGAAUGAUGAAGAUAUUUAUUUGUUUAACGAAGCACUUUAAUUUUUGACUCGAUGACGACGAGGACGACGAUGACGAUGACGAUGAUGAUGAUGAUGAUGACGAUGACGACGAUGACGAUGACGACGACG